UGAAGCUGGGUGAGCCCCACAGCAUGGCCCGGUCACCGUCCCCAGUCCCCCCUCUGUCCUCGCAUCCCCAGCCCCUGACCCUGUCCUCUCGUGGUCCAGGCGAAGCUGGAGGCUGCUCGCUCCUCCUGACGCUGAUGGCUGCGGUGCUGACAAGGACACGGGCAGUUCCUGUGCCCAGUGCCCUCAGCGCCCACCCAGAUGCCAGGGACUGUGACAUGGCCCAGUUCAAGACUCUGGCCCCUCAGGAGCUACAGGCCUUCAGGAAGGCCAGAGACGCCUUUGAGGACUCGCACUUGCCCAAGGACCACAACUGCCCCUCCCCGCUCUUCCCCAGGCCCUGGGACCUGCGGCAGCUGCAGGUGUGGGAGCGCCCUGUGGCCUUGCAGGCAGAGCUGGCCCUGACGCUGCGGGUCCUGGGGACCAUGGCCAACUCGACCCUGGGGGACGUCCUGGACCAGCCCCUUCACACGCUGGGCCACAUCCAGUCCCAGCUACAGGCCUGUGCCCCGGCUCAGCCCACGGCAGGCCCCAGGCCCCAGGGUCGCCACCGCCACCGCCUGUCCCACUGGCUGCAGAGGCUGCAGCAGGCCCCCGAGAAGGUGAGUGGGUGGCAGAAGACGGAGGUGGAGCAGCUGGGCCUGGCCACGGCAGCCACUGAGCCCCUGUCCCCACAGGAGUCCCCCGCCUGCCUCCAGGCCUCCGUCACCUUCAACCUCCUCCGCCUCCUGGUGCGCGACCUGAAGUGUGUGGCCAGUGGACACCUGUGCGUCUGACCCUCACCCUGCUGCGCCUUCGAGGAUCCCAGGUCUCAUCUGUGCAGCGACGACACUCCUUAAUUUAUUGUCCCCAGCCCUCCACGUGGCCUUAUUUAUUUGUGUGAC